ACAGUGAGUUUAAAGCUGGACUCGAUAGUCUUAGUGUUUCAGGCCAUCACCGACUUGGUAUUCUCUCGACACGUUCUUCACCCAAGACUAGCCGUUCGACCAGGCAUACCUCCAAUCAUGUCGGGCAAGGUCGAGCAACCGCUACAGCUCGUUCCCGAAAUCGAACCUGACCACAGAGCCGCUAACGGUGUCAAUGGGCACGCUGAAUCGUCGACUACCACAUCACGUUUCGAUCCUCACUUCACCGACGCCGUCAUUAACGCCACCGGACCAAAAGCCACUCCACGGAUGCGCAAGGUGAUUGCGAGCCUAACCAGACACCUGCAUGACUUCCUUCGCGAGAAUGAGAUCAAGAUUGACGAGUACAUGGCUGCCAUCGACUUGAUGAACUGGGCAGGCAGGAUGUCUGACGCGAAACGCAACGAAGGCCAACUCCUCAGCGACAUCCUCGGAAUUGAAUCGCUCGUAGACGAAAUCACCUACAAACUGGCAGAUGACGCCAAAGACGCACCCACAGCUACCGCCAUUCUGGGUCCCUUCUGGCGACAAGAUGCUCCCAAACGCAAAAUGGGCGACACGAUCGUCUUCGGCAUCGACGACGGCGACAACACCCUCAUGCACGGCAAAGUCCUGGAUUACCACACCAGCAAACCGAUUGAAAACGCCGAGCUGGACGUCUGGCACACGGCGCCGAACGGGCUUUACGAGCAACAGGAUCCCAACCAAGUAGAUAUGAACCUUCGCGGCCGUUUCACCACAGGCGCAGACGGCACGUACAGCUUCUACUGUCUGCGCCCGACCUCCUACCCUGUGCCCAACGACGGACCAGCAGGCAAGUUAUUGGAGCUGUUGGACCGGCAUCCUAUGCGGCCGGCGCACAUUCACUUCAUCAUCACCGCACCCGGCUACAAGCCGCUUGUUACGCAGAUCUUCGAUCGGAGGGACAAGCAUAUCUCCGAUGAUUCUGUGUUUGCGGUUAAGGAGAGCUUGAUCGUGGAUUUCGCGCCGAAGGAAGGAGAUCCGCAAGCACAGUUCGAUUUGCAGUAUGAUUUCAAGUUAGCGAGCUAUGAGGCGGCAAAGAAGGAUGGCAUGAAUGGUGCUACUGAGUUGGCGCCGUGAGGCCAAUGUAUGGGCAUCGACAUUGUGUCCAUUGCAGUCAAGUUCGUCGGUAGUGCACAGCUACAGUAUUCUCUCCGCUUCGUUCGAGUUCUCUG